AUGAUAAGUCUCUCACUUCCCUCUCCCGCCAAACUUGUCCCACCUUUGCUACCCACAAGCCCUUCGCACCAAAAACCCUCAUCAUCCCAAUCUCUGAAAAAUCCCAGCUUUGAACCUCUCAAAGAUCGUCUGAUCCGUCAGGCCAAUGAGGGGAAUAUCCGCCAAGCAAUCUCAACCCUUGAUCGCAUAGCCCAACUGGGACUCACCCCAGACCUCACUUCUUACUCCCUUCUCCUCAAAUCAUGCAUCAGAACUCGCAAUUUCGAUCUGGGUAAGCUAGUUCACAUCAAAUUGACCGACUCACGACUGGAACUCGACUCGGUCGCUCUCAACUCAUUGAUCAGCUUGUAUUCGAAAUGUGGCGAUUGGGUCACAGCUAAAAGUAUAUUUGAAGAUAUGGGUGAGAAAAAAGACUUGGUUUCAUGGAGUGCCAUGAUUUCAUGUUUGACACAUAGUGGUAUGGAAUUAGAAGCUAUCUUUACAUUCUUUGAUAUGGUUCAAUCUGGAGAGUACCCGAAUCAGUUUUGUUUUUCUGCAGCAAUACAAGCGUGUUCUAAUGUAGACAAUGCUUGGAUUGGGAUCGUAAUAUUCGGGUUUGUGAUAAAAACUGGGUAUUUUGAGUCUGAUGUGUGUGUUGGGUGUGCAUUAAUUGAUUUAUUUUCCAAAGGUUUCAGUGACUUGAACUCAGCAAAGAAAUUGUUCGAUAAAAUGCCUGAAAGGAAUUCCGUUUCCUGGACUUUGAUGAUAACAAGAUAUAGUCAACUCGGUCAACCUAGAACUGCCAUUGAGAUGUUUUUAGACAUGGUAUUCAGUGGGUUUACACCUGAUAGGUUUACUUUUAGUAGUAUAUUAUCCUCUUGCUCAGGAAUGGGAUUUUUAUUUCUUGGAAAACAAUUGCAUUGCCGGGUGAUCAAGUCUAGGUUGUCUGAAGAUGUUUGUGUUGGGUGUAGUUUGGUGGACAUGUAUGCAAAGUGUGUUGUGCCUGGAUCGUUAAAUGAUUCGAGGAAGGUUUUUGAUCACAUGCCUGAUCAUAAUAUCAUGUCUUGGACUGCAAUAAUUAAUGGGUAUGUGCAGAGUGGGGGCAAAGAUGGAGAAGCCCUUGAACUCUACUGCAAGAUGAUAGAUGAGGGUCGAGUUUUACCCAACCAUUUCACGUUUUCCAGCCUUCUCAAGGCAUGCGGAAAUCUUUCCAAUCCGGAACUGGGUGUGCAGAUUGAAGAUUCUGGAUUUGAGGUUGAUGCUUUCACAUUCGCUAGUCUGUUAAGUGGAGCUGCAAGUAUAGGUGCAGGUGGUAAGGGUGAGCAAAUCCACAGUCGGUUGCUAAAAUCUGGAUUUCAGGCUAACCAAUGCGUCUGUAAUGCUUUGGUCUCAAUGUACUCUAGGUGUGGGAAUAUAGAAGCUGCUUAUCAAACUUUUAAGGAAUUAGAAGAUCGGAAUGUGGUUUCGUGGACUUCAAUGAUCACGGGCUAUGCAAAACAUGGAUUUGCUAAAAGAGCUUUGGAAAUGUUUCACCAAAUGCUCGAGGCAGGUAUGCAGCCAAAUGAGGUCACCUAUAUUGCUGUUUUGUCAGCUUGUAGCCAUGUUGGUAUGGUUGAUGAGGGAUGGAAACACUUCAAUUCCAUGAGCAAUGAACACGGGAUAAGCCCAAGAAUGGAACAUUAUGGAUGCAUGGUUGAUUUAUUAGGCCGAUCAGGUUUUCUUGAAAAGGCCGUCCAGUUUAUCUACUCCAUGCCUUUCAAAGCAGAUGCUCUGGUCUGGCGGACAUUGCUUGGUGCUUGCCGUGUUCAUGCUAAUACAGAGUUAGGAAAACAUGCAGCAAAAAUGAUUCUUGAGCAGGACCCAAAUGAUCCAGCAGCAUACAUCUUACUAUCAAACUUAUAUGCUUCAAUGGGUCAGUGGGAAGAUGCUGUACAAAUCAGAAAAAGCAUGAAAGAGAGAAAGUUGGUUAAGGAAGCAGGUUGUAGCUGGAUAGAGACGGAAAAUGGGGUACACAAGUUUUAUGUAGGGGAUAGUAAACAUCCCCAGGCGAAGGAGAUAUAUGAAGAAUUGGAUAGAUUGGCUCUCAAAAUAAAGGAGAUUGGAUAUGUCCCUGAUACAGAUUUUGUCCUUCAUGACGUGGAGGAGGAACUGAAGGAACGAUAUUUGUUCCAACACAGUGAAAAAAUAGCUGUUGCCUUCGGUCUUAUAAGCACAUCUAGACCAAAAACCAUUAGGAUAUUUAAAAACCUUCGUGUUUGUGGAGAUUGCCAUACUGCAUUGAAAUAUAUAUCGAAGGCAACAGGUAGAGAGAUAGUGGUGAGGGAUUCAAAUCGUUUUCAUCAUAUCAGGGAUGGGGCUUGCUCCUGCAGCGAUUACUGGUGA